GCCCAACCCGGCCGGCCGGGGGCGGCGCCCCGAGCCCGGGCCCCGCGCGGCCCGUGCCCCCGGCUCCCGCUGAGCUCCGGGGGCCCCACCGUGGCCGAGGCCAUGUUCCCCGUGUUCCCUUGCACGCUGCUGGCCCCCCCCUUCCCCGUGCUGGGCCUGGACUCCCGGGGGGUGGGCGGCCUCAUGAACUCCUUCCCGCCACCUCAGGGUCACGCCCAGAACCCCCUGCAGGUCGGGGCUGAGCUCCAGUCCCGCUUCUUUGCCUCCCAGGGCUGCGCCCAGAGUCCAUUCCAGGCCGCGCCGGCGCCCCCACCCACGCCCCAGGCCCCGGCGGCCGAGCCCCUCCAAGUGGACUUGCUCCCGGUCCUCGCCGCUGCGCAGGAGUCGGCCGCCGCCGCCGCCGCCGCCGCCGCCGUGGUUACGGCACCCCCAGCCCCUGCCGCCGCCUCCACCGUGGACACAGCGGCCCUGAAGCAGCCUCCGGCGCCUCCUCCGCCACCCCCUGCCGUAUCCGCACCAGCCGCCGAAGCCGCGCCCCCCGCCGCGGCCGCCACCAUCGCCGCCGCCGCCGCCGCCGCCGCGGCCGCCACCGCUGUCGUCGCCCCGACCUCCACAGUCGCCGUGGCCCCCGUUGCAUCUGUCUUGGAGAAGAAGACAAAGAGCAAGGGGCCCUACAUUUGCGCCCUGUGCGCCAAGGAGUUCAAGAACGGCUACAACCUGCGGAGGCACGAAGCCAUCCACACGGGAGCCAAGGCGGGCCGGGUCCCUUCGGGUGCUAUGAAGAUGCCCACCAUGGUGCCCCUGAGCCUCUUGAGUGUGCCCCAGCUGAGCGGGGCCAGCGGGGGAGGGGGAGAAGCCGGGGCUGGCGGAGGCACAGCCGCGGUGGCGGCCGGUGGCGUUGUGACCACGACCGCCUCUGGAAAGCGCAUCCGGAAGAAUCACGCCUGCGAGAUGUGCGGCAAGGCCUUCCGCGACGUCUACCACCUGAACCGACAUAAGCUGUCGCACUCGGACGAGAAGCCCUACCAGUGCCCUGUGUGCCAGCAGCGCUUCAAGCGCAAGGACCGCAUGAGUUACCACGUGCGCUCACAUGACGGCGCUGUGCACAAGCCCUACAACUGCUCCCACUGUGGCAAGAGCUUCUCCCGGCCGGAUCACCUCAACAGUCACGUCAGACAGGUGCACUCGACAGAGCGGCCCUUCAAAUGUGAGAAAUGUGAGGCAGCUUUCGCCACGAAGGACCGACUCCGCGCGCACACAGUACGACACGAGGAGAAGGUGCCAUGUCAUGUGUGUGGCAAGAUGCUGAGCUCGGCUUAUAUUUCGGACCACAUGAAGGUGCACAGCCAGGGCCCUCACCAUGUCUGUGAGCUCUGCAACAAAGGUACUGGUGAGGUUUGUCCGAUGGCAGCGGCGGCAGCAGCAGCGGCGGCGGCAGCGGCGGCGGCAGUGGCAGCCCCUCCCACAGCUGUGGGCUCCCUCUCUGGGGCAGAGGGGGUACCAGUGAGCUCUCAGCCACUUCCCUCCCAGCCCUGGUGAGCUCCAAGUUGAUGGAGGAGAGGAGAAGAGUGGAGGAAAGCUCUUCUUGGUACAGUCUCCUCUUCCCACCAGCUCCUCACUGCUCUCCAUCAACCAAGGAGCCUCCAGACAGGAGGAAGAAGGAAUUCACUAGGUUUUAACAAUGUUUCUCCUGCUCCUUUCUUCUCCCUAUCAGAGCUGACCCUACAAACACCUGUCCCUUGAGUUGUGUUGAAGUCCCCUGGACAGUGAGCAGGGGUGGCAGAGGACAGCAGCAGCCACUGCCCUCAACCUUUACCCCCUUGCCUUUCCUCCCGGGAUCUGUGAGCCUUUCCCUAGAAGGUCCUGUGCUCUCCUCCUCCAGUCCCUCCUCCUGUCUGCUGCCCCUUCCUGGGGAGUUGGUGCUUUCUUUUUGUUGUUGUUUUUUUUCCCAGGGGGAGGGAGGAGAGAGAGGAGGGGGAUUAAGAUUCUGUCCCAGAGGAGGGAUAGGUGGUAUUUUGAGGGGCAGAAGCGGGGAAGGCAGAGGGAUGCUUUCAGUAAGGUAGGGUGAUUAAACCCUACACAUCCUACUGGAGUGUGUGUCCAGGGAAAAGCCAAAGGGAGCGUCAGAAGGAGCCACUAGGGCCAGAGGCAGAACAAGAGAGAUGGAAUCUUAGGGGCCAGGGUGAAGGAGGAGAGCCAGGGAAAAGAGGUGCUUCCUGGGGGUGGGGGAAUGCAGCCACGGUGUCUCCCCCUUCCCUCUUCCACCCCAGCCCCAGCCCUGGUCUUUUCUCCUCUUUCCCACAACAGAAGCUGUGGCCCUGGCCAUGUCAUCGUGUUCCCGUGUCCCUUGCAUGUUCCCCCCUUCCCCUCCCUCCUUUUGCGCAGACCCCAUUACAAUAAAUUUUAAAUAAAAAUUUG